AUGGCCGCCCCAGCCGUUCGAGUGGCCCGUACAGCCGCCACCCGUGCCCGUAGCCUUCUGGCGACGGUGCAAUACAACCACCCACCCAACUGUCCCUGUCACUCCAAUCCCAACCACCACCACCACCAUAAGACCCCCUCGCUGAUGAAUCAUGUCCGGCGACACCUGGCAACACCGACAGACCCUUCGCGUGAGAAGGAGUAUGCCUUUGAAAUGGCUGCAUCAAGUAUUCGCUUUGGCCCCGGCUCCACCAAAGAGGUCGGCAUGGAUUUCAAGAAUAUGGGAGCUAAGCGCGUGUGCAUUGUGACCGAUUCCACCGUCGCCAAGCUGGAUGCUAUGAAGCAGGCUGUUGAGGGAUUGACUCGUGAGGGCAUUGAAUUUACUAUCUACGACAAGGUCCGCGUGGAGCCAAAGGAUAGCUCCGUCAAGGAUGCUAUUGCAUUUGCUAAACCGUAUAAUCCGGAUGCCUUCCUUGCCGUUGGUGGUGGCUCCGUUAUUGAUACUGCCAAAUUGAUGAACCUAUACACGGUCUACCCUGAAGCCGACUUCCUGGACUUCGUCAACGCCCCUUUGGGCAAGGGUCUCCCCAUCGCAAAGCCCCUACGCCCUCUCGUCGCCGUUCCAACAACAGCAGGUACCGGCUCCGAAACCACCGGAACCGCCAUCUUCGACCUCGUCUCCAAAAAGGCCAAGACGGGCAUUGCCCACCGCAAUCUGAAGCCCACUCUGGGUAUUUGUGACCCGCUCAACACGCGCACCAUGCCGUCCGCUGUACACGCCUCGUCCGGUCUAGACGUGCUUUGCCACUCUCUCGAAUCCUGGACCGCAAUCCCCUACAACGAGCGUACUCCCCGCCCAACAAACCCAAUCAACCGACCCGCCUACCAAGGCGCGAACCCCAUCUCCGACAUCUUCUCCCUGCAAGCGCUCCGCAGCACAGUCAAGUACCUCCCCCGCGCCGUGCGCGACCCAGAUGACCACGAAGCCCAGUCCAACAUGCUUCUAGCCGCCACUCUGGCCGGUGUGGGCUUCGGCAACGCAGGUGUCCACCUGUGCCACGGCAUGAGCUACCCCAUCUCCAGCCAGAACCCAGGCUACAAGCACGCUGGCUACAAUGUUGACUAUCCCAUCAUCCCUCACGGCGUGUCAGUCGCCGUCACCGCGCCAGCCGUCUUCCGCUUCACUGCGGCAUCGAAUCCGGAUCGGCAUCUUGCGGCCGCGGAGGCAUUCGGGGUCGACAUUUCGAACGUUAAGCGAGAGAGUGCGGGUGAGGUGCUGAGUGAGGCGAUCUCGGAUUUCCUGGUCAAAUUGGGAGAUCAGCCACGUGGAUUGAAGGAUUUGGGCUUUACGGCGUCGGAUGUGGAAGGGUUGGUUGAGGGGACGAUUCCUCAGAAGCGAGUGUUGAUGCUUGCGCCGAAUUUGAGUGAGGAGUUGGAGGCGGAGAAGGGGGAGUUGAGGAAGUUGUUGGAGCAGUCGUUGGAGUAUUAA